CAUCAAUUAUUUAUUAAUCUGUUGUAUAUUCUGCACUAUCAUUCCUAGAUCUUUACAUUUCCUUAGCUUUGCUCCCUUCAAUUCCUUUCUUGAACCCUUGUCCAAGAAACACAUAUUCAUCCGAUUGAUGGACACACUGAUGCUAGCUUCUUCAAUCCAGCUAAUUAAUUACACACACCUGACACAUAUAAAUAGCAGCACAGAUACACAGAUUAUUCUCAUCCAUUAACACCACUUCUCAUCUGAAGUUCAGACACACACACACUGACACAAACAUAUAUACUUACAUAUAAAUACAGAUAUAUAUAGGUGGUUAGCUACCUGUAUAGUUUAUACAUUAGCUAGCGUAUGUGUUGUUGUUGAUCAUCGAUCGCCGGCGACGACAGGGAGAGAUCGAUCCACGAUGGGUUGCCUGCUGCGGCGGCUGUUCCCGUUCCUGGUCGGCACGGCGGUGGGCGUGUACGCGGCGCAGAAUUACAAGGUCCCCAACCUCCGGGGCCUCGCCGACCGCGGCGUCGACGCCGCCAAGCACUACGAGGAGGCCUACCGCAAGAAGCCCUCCGCCGGCGGCGGCGGCGGCGGGAGCAGGAAGAAGAUGAACAAGACCGUCGAGAUCGACGACGACGAGGAGUAAAUUAGUUGAUACUGCUAGUGCUAGCUCACUAGUUAUUACAUUUUCUAUGAAAACGAGCAGCUAGUGUGUAUGAUAUGUAAAUUAUUGGAAUGUUCUUAUGUGUACACGUAAAACUUAUACGUAAACCUUAUUUGUACUGUUUCUAAAUUAAAAAAUUAAAAAGAACGGAUAUAUUAAUAAAAAUAAAGGACGAAAAAUUGAUCAAA